CAACAAUAAGACAAAGCUAUGGGAUGAUGAGUUUUUUAUUUUCUUUCACAAGGCCUUGUAUAAAGCAUCCACAAAGUUUGCAGUAGUUGCUCAUUACCAAUAUCCCAUGGAUCCAAGGCUCUACAGAUAUGCAAAGUCAGGGGACAUUUGCUUCCUCAAACAACUUCUUAAUGAUAAUCCCAGCCUACUAUAUCAACUUACACCUCGCAAAAACACAGCCCUCCAUAUCGCCGUGCAAUUUGGAGACUCAAAUGUUGUGGCCGAGAUUUAUAGCAGAUGCAGGUCCCUUCUCACACAGCAAAACUUAGAUGGAGAUACUCCUUUACAUGUGGCUGCAAGGGUUGGUUGCUUCUCUAUCUUCAAUGAUCUGGUCAGAGAAAUUUUAUCCAUGUCACAGGAAGACUUCAGGAAUGAAAAAGAUGGCAUGUUUGAGACGCUGAGAAUGGGAAUAGGGGGAAAAACACAGUUUUACAUGAAGCUGUGAGGAAUGGUCACAUUAAAUUGGUUCAGUUCUUGCUUACAAUGGACCCUAAAUUAGCGUCUAUUGAAAAUGAUGCGGGAGAGUCUCCAAAGUACCUGGCUGCAAGAGGAGGAAUGUUUGAGAUUCUGAAUCAGAUUUUAAAAUCAACUGCAUCAUCAGCUCAUGGCGGGUCAGAUGGCAGAACAGCCUUGCAUGCAGCUGUGGUUGAGAAGCAUUUUGACAUCGUGGAAGCACUCCUACGAUUCAAACAGCAGCUGAUCAAAGAAACUGGUCACCAAGGCAGAACUCCUCUCUUCUAUGCAGCAUCCCUUGGCCAACAUAGAACAGUUAAACGAUUACUAGAACUUGAUACUUCUAUUGCAUAUGUUUUGGACAAAGAGGGCCAUUCACCGAUUCAUGUUGCAGCCAGCAAAGGUCAUUCCUCUGUGAUUAGAGAGAUCAUUCGACAUUGCCCAGACUCGGGAGAAAUUUGUGACCUAUAUGGACAGAAUGCUCUUCAUAUGGCGAUCAUUGGUGGCACAGCACAUGUGGUCAGUAUAUACUAGAAACACCAGAACUGGAGUGCCUCAUAAAUCAGCCUGAUGUCAUUGGAAACAUGCCUUUGCAUCUCGCAACCAUAGAAAGAAAGACUUGGAUUAUGUAUUACUUGAUGUGGGAUGGAAGAGUGCAUCAAAGUUCCAUGAACAAAUGUGGUCAGGCAGCAUUUGACAUUGAUAGGUGAAUUAAGGAAUCCAGUAUUGCAUCUCCCAGGGUGAGUGAUAACUACAUAAUUAAUAUCCCUUGUGUAUGAUUGGUUAUAAUUCUUAACAAACUACAACUGUUCAUCUGGUAGAAAUUGCAGAACAUUAUCCCAGACAUGUGGGGACAUCUUGGUACCCGAG